AUGUGUACUAAUUGUAAGAAAGAAAAAUAUCCAAUACAAACUAUUGUAGUACAUCUACAAUAAAAAAAAUUGUACAAUAGAUGUUCUUCUUGCUGGAAAAUUAAUCUGACUGUAAUAAUGACAUCGUUUGCCAAACAAACAGGAACUAUUAUUUUUUCAAAACAGAAUAUUUCCGGAAACAAUGAUUUUUCCUUAAAAUAUUUUAUGCAGCAUUUUUAAAUAUUAAAAUUAUAAAUACUUGAAAGAAAAAAGCAUAAAACUUAUUAAAAACAUGAUAAUAUUAAUGAUAAUAUUUUUCUCUCACAAAAUAAUUGUUAAAAUCUUAAUUGUAAACUUAACAAUUGUUAUUUUUUUGAUUGAAUAUAAGUUAUAAUUCAAUUAUUAUUAUUAUUAUAUAAUACUAAAUAAAAUAUUAAAAACUUUGUACUUUGAAAAUUUUUAAUUGAUUUCUGUAUGGAAAUUAUAUUUUAAACUUCAAAUUAAUUUCGUAAAAAAAUUUUUUUUGAUAUAAUUAAAAGGGAAAAAUUUUUUUUUAAUACACAUAUAUAUAUAUAUAUUUAUAUAUUCUAGCAUUAAAUUAUUAUAUUAUAUAUUUAUUACAUUAGUAGUAUAACUCAAAAAUAGAAGGAAAAAUGAAUUUAAAGGUUUUAUGUAACAACUAUUGUUUACAUAACAACUUUUUUAUAUACCAAUAAAUCAAUUUUAAAAUCAGAGGGCAAAUUAUUGUUGCAAUAAAUAAAUGAUAUGUGAUAUUAUUAUUUUUGUGAUAUUAUUAUUUAAAAAUAAAAAGUAAAUGUAAUAUAAUUUAUAAAAGUAAAAAUAAUGUUAAUGAUUUUUUACAAUUUCAGUUAAAGAAGAAGAUGAUCAACUGCCGUAGCGGUUAUUGUCCAUUUGAUCUCUUUUCGGGAGUGGAAACACGUAUGAAAUCAGCACUAAAAGGAUUGCUAAAAUCACCACAGAAUAAUCUUAAAAUUUUUAAAGAUGGUGUUAUAGUUUAUGAUCAAGAAUCAAAUUCAAGCGAUCUUGAAUGUGUCUUAACAGAAUGGUUUUGCAAUUCUAUUAAUUUUACGAAUAAAGGAUACAUUGAUAAAUUCUGUAAUUUAAUUUGCACUGUUCUUUUACGUCCAUUUAUUUCCGAAGAAUUUAAGUUUUGUACACUUCCUACAUAUGAAUUGUGCACAUCUAUCGUUGAACAAAAUUCGAAAAUGACCACAUACAUUAAUCCAGAUCUAAUAGCAAAAGCCAAGAAAUUAUUAUAUUUUGCUGGAGAGAUGUGUAACUUAAAAGAGGAAAUAUUACCAAAUAAUUCGGUACUAGAACGAAUACUUCAUAUGCAAAGGUUACCUUUCAUUAGUUCAGAAUACGUUUAUAAUACAUAUUUAAAGUUUCGUUCGUGGUUGACUGACGAUAUUAUUUAUUCUAAUUUAAUAAAUACGAUCAAAUUUAAUGAGUAUGAAAUAUCUUGUAUCAAGCAAAAUAAAUCUUUAAAUCAAGUGAAGAGCCUUCAAACAUUAAAACAAGUUCAUAUACAAACAUAUGCCAAAAAUAGUACAACUUCUAACAAAUCAAAAGUUAUUGACGAUUGUAUUAUUGGCAACAAACAUAUUAAUGAACCUAACGAAAAUUUUCUUAUAUCGAAAUCAAUUUUAAUUCCAAUUGAAAAAAAUAAUUUUCGCUACAGUAAUGUAAUAAACAGCGAAGAUAAAGUACAUUAUAAUGAAAGAGAAACAUAUUUUUAUGUAAAUACUGAAAGUAUAUUAUGCUUGCAGAAUUACCUCUUAUUUUCGUGUGCUAGAGAUUGUUCAAUAUUGAUGUCAUUUCGAGAAAUAAAUCCGAAUACCGUAUCAUCUACCAUCGAUAAUAAUAUAGUGCAACUUCCGGAUGGACUUAGCUUUAUUUACAAUAUCAGAAUUUCUGAUAUAGAUCCAAAAAGCUUACAUUGCAUUGAAAAACAUCGCCAACGAGAUAUUGAUGUUUUAAAUUCAGUAAUAUCUUUUCUAGAACAAGAUUUUAUAAUUAAAAAUCAAAAUUCAUUUGAAAAAUGA